AUCGAAUUUUACACCUGCACGGCAUCCACUGGUUCGUAACGUUCGACGCAGUGUCUCUUCUAUUAACCUGCGAGCACGCGUGGCGCCGGCGAGGCCACACGCAGCCCACCAGUAAGCCGCCACCGCCAUGCGGCUCCCCUCCGGCGCACGCCUCGCGCUCCUGCUCGUCCGCCGCUCCCUCUCCUCCGCGUCCUCCUCCGCCGCCGCCCCCGCAUCCCGCCUCUCGCGCGCGCACAGAGGUGAGCCCCGACAGACCCCACCCCACUAGGUCCUCGAUUCUCCCGGUUCCUCGGGCGGGCCUCGCCUGGUCGCCCCGUGUUCCUCGGGCGCGCAAGCGAUGAUGCUGAGGCCGCCCGCGUUAGCGUGCUGCAAACUCUACAUCUCCGAGGCCCGCAACUCGGGGGCGUUGCGUGCCAUCGAGCACGCGGCGGCGGCGCUCCGCCCGUUGGCCGUGCUCGUCAACACCUUCGCCGACGACGCCUACAACCGGGUCGGGUACACGCUCGUGUCCCCCCUCGCGGGCGGCGCCGCCUCGCCGCCGCUGCGCUGCGCGGCGUUCCGCGUGGUCGCGGCCGCGAUCGAGGCCGUCGACCUGGACGCCCACGCCGGCGCGCACCCGCGCCUCGGCGUCGUCGACCACAUCGCCUUCCACCCUCUGGCCAGCGCCCGCCUCGAGGACGUCACCGCGCUCGCCAGGGCCGUGGCGGCGGACAUCGGAGACAGGCUUCAAGGUCCGUUACCAUUCAUCCCUCCCAGACGCGAAUUUACUGGAACCGCAGUGCCGACGUACCUGUACGGCGCAGCUCACAGAGACGGCAGGACGCUGGCGUCCAUCAGGAGGCAGCUGGGCUACUUCACGCCGACCUCCCCCGGCGGCGAGCAGUGGCACGGCGCGCCGGACUCGCUGCUGCCGGUGGCCCCGGACGCCGGGCCCCGGACGUCGUCCGCGUCCAAUGGCGUGGUGGUGGUGGGCGCCACGCCGUGGGUGGACAACUACAACGUGCCCCUGGCCACGGCCGACGUCAGCGUCGCGAGGCGCAUCGCGCGCGCGGUCAGCGAGCGCGGCGGCGGGCUCGCGUGCGUGCAGGCCAUGGGGCUCGCGCACGGCGACGGCGCCACCGAGGUCGCCUGCAACCUACUUCACCCGGACGCGGUGGGCGCCGACCAGGUGCAGGAGAGGGUGAGCCGGCUCGCCGCCGGCCUCGGGGUCGGCGUCGGCCAGGGGUACUUCACCGACUUCUCGCGGGAGAAGGUCGUCGAGCUGUACUUGCAGGCCGCUCAAGCUGCCUGAGGCUUCUCGGCAGUGAUAGAUUGUUUAUUGUUCAGAAAGCAGGGUAAUGGAAUAAUCUACUACUGUGUAUCUAGGAAUCCAGCAGUUGUCAGCCAUGGCACAAAAAAAAAAGUUGAGCUGCGAACAGUAUGCAACCAUCUCAA